AUCUCGAUCGUGCACUGCUGUGGCUGCUGCCCAAGCCUCCUCCAAAAAGACCAGGGCCACGCUUCCAGGGAUGAGGCUCCAGCUCAUGAUGGGAGAGAGAACAUCCCGGCGGUUCCCGGCUGACAACCUUCGCACCUCUUCCCCACUGCCCCUUCUCCGUACGGGCAUGGCUCCUUCCCGGCCCUGUUUGAAGCAGAAGCAGCAGCCAAAGUUUACUCCGAUUAAAGCAGCAUCUCAAUUUAUUUCAGAGAGGGAGGAGACUUUCGCUGCUGCCUCUGUGCAGGCCGGCCAGGCUGAAGCCCAGACGCCCGUAAGGAGGAGGACAGGUUGGGGCAGCUAAUAAGAUCAGGUAGGAGGAAAUGCCCCCUUCCCAGGUUCCUCCCCCUCCUGCCCCAUGCUGGGGCUAAUGUGGCUGGGAGCCAGGCGCUUGCUGAUGUCUCCGUUUUCUUUGCAGGGAGGGAGCCUUUCCCCAACAUAUACUUUGUUCUGGUCAAAUCCCUGGAGAGAUGUGACGACCCUCAGGUUCUGGGGCAGAGGGAACAAAGGGGUCCUUCCAUAGUUUUUGGCCCAUCAGAGGCCCAUUCUCAUAUGAUGUCCUGCUUACUCCAAAGGGCCACGCUUCCAGGGAUGAGGCUCCAGCUCAUGAUGGGAGAGAGAACAUCCCGGCGGUUCCUGGCUGGCAACCCUCACAUCUCUUCCCCACUGCCCCUCCUCCGUACGGGCAUGGCUCCUUCCCGGCCCUGUUUGAAGCAGAAGCAGCAGCCAAAGUUUCCUCCCAUUAAAACAGCAUCUCAAUUUAUUUCAGAGAGGGAGAAGACUUUGGCUGCUGCUUCUGUGCCAGGCCGGCCAGGCUGGAGCCCAGACGCCCAUAGGGAGGAGGACAGGUUGGGGCAGCUAAUAAGAUCAGGGAGGGAGCCUUUCCCCAACAUAUACUUUGUUCUGGUCAAAUCCCUGGAGAGAUGUGACGACCCUCAGGGCCACACCUCCAGGGAUGAGGCUCCAGCGCCUGCUCCCAGGAUGAAGAACGACAGACCAUCAUGGUGGUUCCUGGCCCCUGACCCUCGCCUGCCUCCCCCUCCGUCCGUUCUCCAUGUGGGCAUGGCUCCUUCCCAGCACUACUUGGCGCAGAAGCAGCAGCCAAGGUUUCCUCCCAUCAAAAGCACCUCCCGAGUUAUUCCAGAGCCGGGUGAGACUUGGGUUGCUGCCUCUGUGCCAAGCCGGCCGGGACAGAGCCCAGACCCCGUACGGAGGAGUUCAGGGUGGGGCAGCUAAUAAGAUCAGGUAGGAGGAAAUGCCCCCUUCCCAGGUCCCCCCCCUCCUGCCCCAGACUGGGGCUAGCGUGGCUGGGAGCCAGGCGCCUGCUGAUGUCUCCGUUUGUUUUGCAGCGAGGAGAAGGUUCAGCCUGGGAGCCACUGCAUCACGGGAGGGACUGGAGCCCAGACAAAGGCCUCUCACCCCAGAGGUACUGGGACAGGGGGAAGGACAAAGACCCCCGCAGGGAGGCCAAGUGGGGAGAGCUGCAAAGAUCAGGUAAGUGGAAAUGCCCCUUUCCCAUGUCUCCCACCCUCCUGCCCCAGGCUGGGGCUAAUGUGGCUGGGAGCCAGGCACUUGCUGAUUGCUCCAUUUUCUUUGCAGGAAGGGAACCUUUCCCCAAUGUGUACUUUGUUCUGGCCAAAUCCCUGGAGAGACGUGACGACCCUCAGGUACUAGGGCAGAAGGAAGGAAGGGGUCCUUCUGAAAUAUGUUUGGGGAAUUGUAGGAACAUUGUCCCCUGUGGCUGUUGCCAAAGCCACCCUUAUAAAAAGAACAGGUAAGAGGAAGGAAAGAUUUCCAUGGGGCUGGGAGAACACCCUACAAGUUGAGUGUCAACAGAGAAUAGGAGAAGAACCUUUCUGCUCUCAUGCUCUCGUCCAGAAGUGGGUUGGCCAAGCUUUCUUUGGGAAUAAUGUCAGGGCAGGGGCAUUGGGCAUUCCCCGCAUCUGCCAGGUGGAUACCAAGUCCUUCUUCCUCCACAGGGCCACACUUCCAGAGAAUGGUCUCCGUCGCCAGCACACAAGGUGAUGGACACAGAGCGAGACUCCGUCUUCCGUGGCGUUCCAGUCUUGUUUUUCUGGAUUGCAAAGUCCUUCCAAUUGCUUGAGGAAUCCUGCUGAAGCACUUCUCUGAACAUUUGAACUUUGAUAUGAGUAAGCAGGUCUCAAGGUGACUUCUGGAUCAAGGCUUAACGCUGAAAAUUCAGGAUUUUCCCCCCACAGGGCCACACUUCCCGAGAAUGGUC